CUGGGAGCUUGCUGGGAGCUUGCUGGCAGCUGCAUCAGUCUGUGUGAGAGCAACGUGCACUUGUCUUGGUCGCUUUCUGAAUUUGUUUCUCAAAUUAUUUUAAAAUGUGUGGCAUCUGGGCCCUUUUUGGCAGCGAUGAAUGCCUUUCAGUGCAAUGCCUUAGUGCCAUGAAGAUUGCCCACAGAGGCCCUGAUGCUUUUAGAUUUGAGAAUGUGAAUGGUUUCACCAACUGUUGCUUUGGCUUCCAUCGCUUGGCUAUUGUUGACCAACUUUAUGGCAUGCAGCCUCUUCGUGUAAAGAAGUUCCCUUACUUAUGGCUUUGCUACAAUGGAGAGAUUUACAAUUUCAAGCAGUUGGAAAAAAAUUUUGGAUUUGAAUAUCAAACACUGGUGGAUGGGGAAGUAAUCCUUCACCUCUAUAGUGAACAUGGAAUUGAAAAAACUGCUGCCUUAUUGGAUGGUGUAUUUGCAUUUAUUCUCUUGGAUACAGCAAACAGAAAAGUCUAUUUGGGAAGGGACUCUUAUGGUGUCAGGCCACUCUUCAGACUUUUGACUGAUGAUGGCUUUUUGGCAGUUUGCUCUGAAGCCAAAGGUCUUAUUGACUUGAAGCAUUCAAUGACUUCAUGUCCAAAGGUUGAUCCUUUCCCACCAGGCCAUUAUGAAGUUUUUGAUUUGAAACCUUCUGGAAAAGUGACAUCGGUGGAAGUAAUCAAAUUUCAUAAUUUCAGAGAUGAACCACUCCACGCAGCUUAUGACACCUUAGAUAAACUGCAACCAGGAACUGAUCGUGAAACGGUAAAAAGGAACAUUUGUUGUUUGUUUGAAAAUGCCGUCAGAAAGCGGUUAAUGGCACACAGAAGAAUUGGCUGUCUUUUGUCAGGUGGUCUGGACUCAAGUUUGGUUGCUGCAACUCUUAUAAAGCUAAUAAAGGAGCGUAAUAUGCAUUACCCCCUACAAACCUUUGCAGUAGGUACGGAAGAUAGUCCUGACUUAUUGGCAGCCAGAAAGGUAGCGUUGCAUAUUGGCAGUGAGCACCAUGAAAUCAUGUUUGAUCCAGAAGAAGGGAUUCAAGCAGUAGAUGAGGUUAUCUUUUCCUUGGAAACCUAUGACAUUACCACUGUUCGUGCUUCUGUUGGAAUGUACUUGAUCUCCAAAUAUAUAAGGAAAAAAACAGACAGCGUGGUCAUAUUUUCUGGAGAGGGAUCUGAUGAGCUUACUCAAGGGUAUAUAUAUUUCCACAAGGCUCCUUCUGCUGAAGAGGCUGCAGAAGACAGUGAGCGAUUACUAAGGGAACUUUACUUGUUUGAUGUACUUCGUGCAGAUAGGACAACGGCAGCGCAUGGUCUAGAGCUCCGAGUGCCAUUUUUAGAUCAUCGCCUUACUGCUUAUUAUCUUUCUUUGCCUCCAGAGCUUAGAAUUCCUAAGAAUGGAAUAGAAAAAUAUCUCUUGAGAGAAUCAUUUGAAGAUUCCAACCUGCUACCCAAAGACGUAUUGUGGAGACCAAAGGAAGCAUUUAGCGAUGGUUUAACAUCUGUGAAGAAAUCAUGGUUUUCUAUGCUGCAAGAGCACAUUGAACAACAGGUGGAUAAUAUUGUGUUGGAAAAGGCAGCUGAAAAAUUUCCUUUUAAUCCACCUAAGACAAAGGAAGGCUACUUCUAUCGCCAGAUCUUUGAAAAGUAUUACCCGGGGCGUGCUGGCUGGCUGACUCACUACUGGAUGCCUCGAUGGAUUAGUGCAACAGAUCCCUCUGCCCGCACACUAAAGCAUUACAAGUCAGAUACCAACGAAUAAGUUCUAUUUAGCUAUUCCUCAUUCCAUUUUAAUUCCUCAAUAAAAUAUCCAUUGGGUUUUUUGUUUUC